GUUUACACCCCGUGUGCUUUGCUUUGCGGCGUAUUCAGGAAAACAUUCGUAACUUGUAACUUUACGCUGCUUAAUAUCACUCUUCACAUUCAAAUUUUCCAACGCACUAUCUCUCUGCAAUCAAAGAAAUCUGCGAAGUUUGCAGGUUAUUGACUGUUAUCACACACCUAUUUUUGGUUAAAGUAAAUCUUUAGGAAUGGUAAUGGAGGCACCGCCAUCUCCCCAAAGUGUAGGAAGGGAAUUUGUUAGGCAGUAUUACACGCUGUUAAACAAAGCUCCUACUCAUUUACACAGAUUCUACAAUCAUCAAUCUUCUUUUAUUCAUGGUGGUUUGGAUCCUCCAAACCGUGAAACCAGCCCCGUUGUAGGCCAGAAACAAAUUCAUCAAAAAAUUCAACAGUUGAACUUCCGCGACUGUCAUGCUAAAAUUACUCAGGUCGACUCUCAAGCUACUCUCGGAAAUGGUGUGGUGGUGCAGGUAACUGGAGAAUUAUCUAAUGCUGGUCAACCGAUGCGUCGUUUUACCCAAACUUUUGUAUUGGCUGCUCAGUCGCCAAAGAAAUACUACGUCCAUAAUGACAUUUUUCGGUAUCAAGAUGAAAUCAUAUCUGAUGAGGAAUGCGAUGAUGGUGUCCAUUCAGAGACCGAAGAAGAUGUGACCCCAGACAGGCAGGUUUUAUCGGAUGUGCAACAACCCAUUAAUCAACCAGCUAUUCCGCAGUAUUACAAUCCUAAUGCUGCUCCAAUUCAAGCCAACAUUCCACAGGUCCCACUUCAUCAUAAUCAACAACCACCACCACCCCAUGUUUUGAACCCUCAGCCAGUACCUACUGUUAAUGGAGCUGUUCAUCCAGAUGAUAUUAACGUAUUACCAGGACAAGUACCAACCCAUGUACCGACAGCCCAAACUCAAGGACUUGGAGCACCAUUACCGAAUUUGCAACAAGGAUUAGUUCAGCCACCAAUAAAUCCACCAGCUCCGGUUGAAGAACAGGAGCCCCAGGUAGUUGAGGAACCAGUGGAGGAGCCGUUGGAAAGCAAUUACAAUGAACCUCAAGAAUCUGAACCUGAAGCAGAACUACCAAUUGAAUCAGCAUCUAAUGAACCUAAAACAUACGCCAACCUUCUGAAGUCGGGUAGUACAAUUCCAUACAGCACUAGCGCCCCUUCUCAGGUCACUUCUAUGCCAGUGACUCAACCAAUCAGGUCCUUGUCACCUCCAGCUGCUAACAUGAAUCAGGGAAUUGGAGUGCGCAAUAACAACAACAUAAACAAUCGUAAUGCUCCUAGGGUGAAUCAGCAGCAACCACGUAUACCAGGUUCCAGACCUGAUGCUGGAAGGGGCGUUCCUGGAAGGAAUUCUAUCAAUGAGGACGGCAUGUUUGAUGACAGAAGACGUUCGCAAAGCAUGAGCUUCAAUGACGUAAAUCAACUGUUUCUGGGCAACUUACCGCAUACUGCCACUGAGGAAGAACUUCGGGAGAUAUUCAGUGAAUUCGGAGCUAUCAUAGAUUUGAGAGUACAUAGUAAACCACCUAAUAAAGUAGGAGGUCCACCAGGUGCAAGGGCUCCACCAAAUUACGGAUUCAUUACGUACGAAACACAGAUAGGAGUACAGGCGUGCCUGCAAGCCAAGCCGAUCUAUUACCCAAAGGAUGACAAAAACGGCACUCUCCUAAACGUGGAAGAGAAGAAGACAAAAGAUCGUCCAACUUACGGAGGAGGUCGUCCGAGCACAGACAAUAACAGAGGUAGAGGUGACAACAACGGUCAAAGACGGGGUAUGGGCGGUCCCGGAGGACUAAACAGACCCAGCACAGGAGGGCCAGGUGGGGUGGGUGGCCCGAACAACAGAAACAUCACUUACAACAACCGAAGCAACGGGCCACCUAACCGUGGUCCGAGCACAUAUAACCGUCGCUAACCUCUUAUUCAUAAUGUCUGACUGAGUAACAGACACUUAAUGUUGCUCUAGUUUUGUGUGUAAGAAUAGUGUAUGGAAUGUGUACAGUGUUCUGAGUCUGAGAAAUGGAGCUGUUGUUUAAAAUAUUAGUGCCAAUUGUGGACUGUUAGCUGCAGUGUAUUUACUUCAAACCAUUUCAGAAACUCAUAGAUUUACGUUGCUUUUCAUUCUAUCGUACGAUCCACCAAUCGUUAACUGUAGUUCUUUUUUUUUGAAGUACUUAUUGGCUGUGUUGUAUAAGUUUUAGGAUUGUUUCUUCAUUUUAUGUAGAAUGUCUGGCAACUUAAUGUGACCUUGAGUGUUAAGUCCCAUGACAAUGCUCCCUUUCGAUGGUUUGAAAUUAAAUAUAUUACACAGCUUGUCACCCACAGGUCAUACUAUGUAUUACAUACCUGUUAUUUUAUAUUUUACAUUAGUAUUUAUGUACAAUUAUUUAAACUGUAACUAGGCUCUGUAAAAAUAUUACAUGCUUUAAUUUUUUUUUGUUCGGUCUUUAUUAUUGUUUCAGUUGACCAGUCAAUAGAUCGAAAAUACUAUGUUGUUGAUUUUUUGUGUGAAAGGGGAACAAUUAUAAAAAUAUUCUUCCUUCCUACAACCGCUGGAUAGGCUAGCUGUAAAUAACUUAGAAAUUGAAAUUUACGUGUACAAAAUGUGCUGCUAAUUAUGUGCUUUCCACCUGAAAUAUCGCCAGGUUAAGAUUGUGGUUGACGAUGUUGAUGAUAAUAAAGUGAUGCGAUUGUCCACAGUAA